CGGCCACGCUUUCCCCACCCCCCCUUCCACGGCUGCGGAGGGAUUUGGUCUUGGGGGUCAGGUGAGGACUAACGGCCGCGAGAGCGAGUUUUGUGUGUAUGUGUGAGAGAGACGCAGAGUUGCCCGGCUGUCGCCGCAUCCUUCUCUAUCUGCUGGCACGUUUUGAACGAGUGAACCAUGACUUCGAAGAACAAGACAGCUAACAGCCGUUCUAACCCGUCAGGAUCCAGGAAAGAAGCUGUGCAUCAACACUGCAAGUUCAACUGGAACUGAGCUUUCCUAGCGAAGACUGACACUGAUAAACACAGCUCUCAUAAAAAUGGGAAGAAAAGUGACAGACCCUCUGGAAGUUCGUUCUUCACAUGGUUCAUGAUAAUUGCUUUACUGGGUGUCUGGUCAUCAGUAGCUGUCGUUUGGUUUGAUUUGGUGGAUUACAAAGAGGUUUUGGCUAAAGCAAAGGAUUUUCGUUAUAAUUUUUCACAGGUAUUACAAGGAAAGCUUGGAGUCUAUGAUGCUGAUGGAGAUGGUGAUUUUGAUGUGGAAGAUGCCAAAAUUUUACUAGGGUUGAAAGAAGUAGAAGAACCUGUUUCUGCUGAACGUUUUGGGAAGAAUGAAGAACCAAUUCAGCAUUCAGUGUACACAGAUAUAGGAGCAGAGGCAGACAAAGAAGAAGCAGAAUCAAUGCAAGCAGAUGUGACUCCGGAACCCCUCAAACACAUGCCAGUAGCAGAGCCACCAAUGGAGGAAGAGCCAAAUGAAUUUGUGCAGGAUGAAGAGUUUGAAGAUCCUGAAGCAGAUGAAGCUAGAGAGGGAACAAUUGAGUCUGAACCUGAAGAAGCAGACACUCAAGAGGAGUCCGAGGAUAUGGAAGAUGAAACAGUGUCUGAAGGACCGGAGAUUCUAGAGGAUUCUGGACCUGAAGUUUCAGUUGUACAAGACGACAAAAUUGCAGAAACAUCAGAAGUGACUGAGGAAGACAUUGAUGAUACUGUUUUAGAUGAUGCUGAACUCAAGCCUGAGGAAGUAAUUUCCGAGCGAGAUGUUCCAGGAUUGUAUGAAUCUGAAGUUGAACACUUCUCUGACCAAGUGGACCAGGAAGAUGGAAAUGAUGAGCUGCCAGAGAGCGAUAAGUUUACUGAAGCAGAAGUUGACCUAGAACAUGAAGAUACAGUAGAAGAGUUUUAUACUGAAGAAACAGAAUAUGUUCCAGGAACUGAAGACAUACAAGAGGUGUCUCCUGUACUUCAAAGUACAGAUGAAGAUAGCCAAUUAGCCUAUGGAUCUCAAAACUUGGAUGUGGAAUCUGAAAUCCAAGAUGCAGUACCUCUGGGAGAGGCAGAAGAAGAGCCUAGAGGAGAAGAUGGUGGUACUGUGGAGGGCACAGAAGCACAUAGAGCAGAAGAAGAUUCUGUGAAUUAUUCAGAAAUGAGCGAACCCUCAGAGCCUGACCAUCUGGAAGUAGCAGAGAGAGAGUUUGGAACAACUGGCUUGGAAGAAGAAGGAAUUGAUGAGCCACUUGCGCUGUCAGAAGAUAAGCUAAAGGAAAUGUCAUCAGACAAAACAUCUGCCUCUGAAGUAAAGAAGGAAAAGAAAGAUCCAGCUAAAAAAAAGAAACCAAAGCUCCUAAACAAGUUUGAUAAGACGAUUAAGGCUGAACUGGAUGCUGCUGAAAAGCUGCGCAAAAAGGGUAAAUCUGAAGCAGCAUUCCAGGCAUUUAAUGAAAUUCUGAAGAGCUAUCCUCACAGUCCACGAGCUAAAUAUGGAAAAGCCCAGUCUGAAGAUGAUUUGGCAGAGAAAAUGCGAAGUAAUGAGAUACUUCAGAGAGCCAUAAAUACCUAUGGAGAAGUGGCUGACAUGCCAAAUCCACCAGCAGACCUGGUGAAGCUAGCAAUAAAACGACAAGCAAACAGACAGCAGUUUCUAGGCCACAUCAAACGCUCUGUGAUGACCUUACAGAAGUUAGCAGAUCGUUAUCCAGAUGAUGUCUCUAUUAAGAAUGAGCUUGGAGUAAGUUAUCUCUUAUUGGGAGAUAAUGAUAAUGCCAAGAAUGUCUAUGAAGAGGUUCUGGCCCUGGCUCCAAAUGAUGGAUUUGCUAAAGUUCACUAUGGAUUCAUCCUCAAAGCUAGAAAUCAGAUAGCUGAAAGUAUUCCAUAUCUAAAGGAAGGUUUAUUAUCCGGGGAACCAGGAACUGAUGAUGGUCGCUUUUACUUCCACUUAGGAGAUGCAAUGCAGAGAGUGGGCAAUAAAGAGGCAUACACUUGGUAUGAGCUGGGGCAUAAAAGGGGUCAUUUUGCUUCAGUGUGGCAGCGUUCACUCUACAAUGUGAAUGGAUUGAAAGCUCAACCUUGGUGGACAACGAAAGAAACAGGGUAUACUGAACUGGUGAAGACUCUUGAAAGAAAUUGGAAAUUAAUCCGUGAUGAGGGCCUGGCUGUUAUGGAUAAAGAAAGAGGUUUUUUCUUGCCUGAAGAUGAAAACCUGAGGGAGAAAGGUGACUGGAGCCAGUUUACACUUUGGCAGCAAGGUCGCAGAGCUGGAAGAUCCUGUCAACACGUCCCAAAAACAUGCGCCUUGUUUGAGAAGUUCCCUGAGUCAACAGGCUGCAAACGUGGGCAGAUUAAAUAUUCAGUUAUGCAUCCAGGAACUCAUGUCUGGCCUCAUACUGGACCCACAAAUUGUCGCCUAAGAAUGCAUCUUGGUCUGGUCAUUCCUAAACAAGGCUGUAAAAUCCGUUGUGCCAAUGAAACCAGAGAAUGGAAGGAGGGCAAGGUGAUCAUCUUUGACGACUCUUUUGAGCAUGAGGUUUGGCAGGAUGCGAAUAGCUACAGGCUAAUCUUUAUCGUGGAUGUGUGGCACCCAGAACUGACACCUCAGCAACGAAGAAGUCUUUCCCCAAUCUAAUGAUGGAUUUCAGACAUAAACUAGAGAAGGCAGGUUGGGAUUUGAGCAAACAUGAAGAAGUUGUGUGCUGUAAUGAAGUGCAAUGAGUUCCAUUGAUUUGUAGUUUUCCUGAAACUUCUGGUGCAGGAGAGUUUCCAGAAUGAGGCAUAAUGUAUUUUCCAAAAUCUCAGCAGUUGAAUAAAUCAAAAAGUCUCCUGGAAUAUUUUUAAGGGGGAUGCUUAAUAAUUGAGAAGUAUAUUUGACCUCUGAUCUCUCCCAAAAGCUAAAUACUAAGGUCUAAGCUGAAUAAGAUCUACAGAGAAAAGUCCAAUGGAGCAGUUCUCCAAUUGUGAUCUGGAAUAAUUUCAAAAUAGUUCACCUCAAGCUAAUGAAGAAUCCUUUUGUUAGGAAAAUGGCUGGAUUGGGAAACGUCUAACAUAUGUGAACAGAGUCUGAUUAACUUACAUAAGAUACAAAUUGUCACAUUUAUGUAACUGUCCUUCAGUGUUUUGUAUUUCCCUUUUACAAUUGUUCUGUUUAAAUUGAUUAUUUUUAAUCACUGAUAUUGACAAGUUACAUAAAGAUGAUUUGUACCUCAUUUAAUUGCAUCUGGUCAAGUAUAUUUGCAUUGUACACCGACUUAGUUGAAAUCAGCAUUUUCUCAUUGCUAACAAGUGAAAGUAAUUGAUUAUUAAAAACAUACAAUUAUGCAGGUAUUAAUUUAGAAUUUACUUUGGCCGACUUUUCAGUUUUUUUCAAUAAAGUGUGUUAAUGCCCUCUGGGGGAGCUGCCUUUGAGAAGUUACUAAGCCUAACAGUGAGAGCAAGAUUGAUUAACUCAAAGUUAAUACGACAUAAUCACUGAAGCAUUCUGAAUUAACAGAUGUAUCUGUGCUUGUAUUGAAUUCGCCCAUACUGUGCUUAGUAAUUCGUUCAAUGACAUUCCCACAGCUGUAUCAGUAGCACUCAGUUCAAAUCAAAAAUUCAUAUUCCAAAUUUGUAUAAGUUGUUGUAGAGUAAGUUACUUAUGAAAUUAUAAAAACAAAUCCUCUUGAAUUCAGAAUUGCCGAUAUUAGUUUUGUGUAAAGAACCUAGAGUACACUCUCGCAAAGUGCUCAUUACUGCACAUGCCAAUGGUUGAACUUUUUUUAAUGUGACAAAAAUGAACAAAUGCCAAAGUGGAGAGGCACAGUCAUCCAGUAGACAGCUGACACAUCUGUACAAAGCAUCAAAAAGCAGAUGGCUUGUGACAACCGUAAUACAUCUACAAUAAAGUGACCAUAUGUUUUUAUCUAUAAAUUUAUUAUACUAAGUGCAAAUGACAGACUUUACUUUGAAGGAGCAAAGCACCGAAAGCUGACUUCACCACAUAACCGAGAUACUUCUGUCUCAAAGCAAUUGCAGGCACAGUCAAAUCCCUGCAGAGAGAUGGGGAUUGCAAUGUGGUGAAAAUGUAAUUUACACUCUCAUAGUGAUAGGUCUUAGCAAACUGUCUCAGGAGCAUCAUGCUGAGUACAGAAAAAGAAUGGAAAAUAAGUUUUAUUCCAACAAAAAUAUGUGUUGUGAUUUUAAAUAUAUCCCAUUCUGCAGCAUUUAAUUCUGUUAGACUGCUGGUUUGGAAACUAUCCAAGGAAUUGGAUUGGCUGUACAGUACAGAGGGGAAGAGCCUUUUAUUUCAGUUCAGCCUUAAUCUGUCUCUCAUACCAAAGUUCUUCAGUAAUGCAAAUGCAAUAGAAUAUUCCUUAACAUCCAUAUACUACAGCAAUGUAAACUAAAUUUUGUAUUUUACUCAUUUCUGAAUUCAGGAAGUUCAAAGUAUUGACUAAAGCUGCACAGAGCCUAGCAUUUCAGUAACCAUGGACAAGGUCAAUCAGUUCAGAACAAAAAGGAAUAAAUAAAAUCUGGAAGUAAGAUUCGGUGAGAUUUUAAAGUUAACACCCCCAACCUUUAUUUUAGCAAUGUAUUUUUACUUGUUACAGAAGUUAAAAUACCAAAUACUUCAUGUAACUUAAAUAAAAAUACGACAAUUAGCUUCAAAGAUAUUGCAACAUUUUGAAAGUUGUUGGUUUAAUAUUCAAAACUGAUAUUUCCCUCAUCUCCCAGUUACAAAACAUUGUACAUGCAUGUUUGAAAAGACUCCAAGCAGUGUAGUUAGCAUAAGAUGCAUCAUUUUAGUGAGAGUUAUUAUUGGAAAGUUUCUCUGUGAUCCUCAGCUUUCAAAUAAAUUUGAAUUUACUCUAUGCUCAUAGAGAGCUAACUUCAAUUUGAAAUGAGUUUCAUACUAGCUUAUACUUUUUUAAGUCCAGUUUCAAUCCACUUCUGUUUGAAUAACUACUUGCAAUAGGAUAAGUGACUGUAUUCUGUUCCACUGGCAGAGAAUAGAUAGAUUGCAUUUUAUUUUGAUAUUUUGUACAAUAGUUUGUUUUCUUUUGAUAUCAAAUUUGAAGUACUUUAGUGAGUGACUACCAGUUAAGGCACUACAAUUUCUUUCAUAUUCUACCAUUGACUUUGAUUUUAAUUCUAAAAUUACUACUACUGUAUAUCACUGAAGAAAGUGAAUUGUUUGAGCAUUGUGGGCUGGGCAAAUGUCCAACACCUUGGUACAUGUUGAUUGUUACUUUACUCUUGUAGUUUUCUUGAGAAAGGACAAUGUUUUUUUUUAAUUGCAUGUACUUCUGCAUAUAUGGAACCUUGUAAUCCAUCUUCUCCAAUUUUUUUUUAAUAUAAAUGGGUCUCAUCCAAAUCUUUCACAGCUAACUGUUGAGUCUCACAAAGUUCAUCUUAAAUUUUCUAUUUUAUAUACACAUUAGCACUGGCAUAAAUGCAAUAACAUGCUUUUUUUGUCUAUAAACCUGAACAAAAUGGAACUACCACUAUGAUUGUAGGAUUUCAAUAUGUACUUCUGACUGUAAAUAGUUAUUUUUGAAAUGAAAGUUUUUAAUUAUACAUUAGGUUUUUAUUUGGCUCUUGGAUCAAGAACCGUCUUCUGUUUAAUUACAGAUAAAAAUGCUGGGAUGGAAUAAAAUGUUGGAAUCAAUUAUCUGUAAGUUAUUAAUAAACACACACACUUUGUAAAAUGGUGUAAAAGUCACUGACCUUAAUUUUCUCAAAAUAAAACAUGAAAGAACAUGA